AUGCGCAGCGCCUCUGCUCUGGUCGGGAGAGGCCCGGCGCGCCAAUUGGCCGGUCGGACCAGCUACAUUUGCCGGCAGUGUAGGGCCAUCCAGAUCAGCUCGCUGCCGUCGACCGAGUCUCCACGGUUCGGCGGGGAUGCCUUCGGUGCGCCUCUCGAUGCGUCCAAGGAUGUCGCAGAUGCGCGUUUCGAAGUGCUCGGCACGCCCUACUCGCUGCUCUCGGCGCAAUCGACACUAUCCCUUCUAUCGCCCCUCAGCCGAGCCCUGACCGGCGUUCCGUUUCUUUACCAGCGCAUCUCGUCGACAACACCCCUCACAGCUCUGAUUUCCACGAAAUCCCCGACGACAACCUUCUCGGUCCUCCACCUAGACGGCACGACGGACUGGACAGUCAGCCAGCGGUCCGCACUGUUGGCCUGGACGGGCCACUCGCUCACCGUGACACCCCGCAUACAACAUCGGCUCCCUCUGGCCCACUGGGGCUCCUCCGAGCUCACGGGCCGGGGCCUCGCGGCUCUUUCGGCGCCGGGUCAAAUAUAUCAGCUCACGCUCGGCGAGGGCGAAGAGUUCGUAGCGCACCCCUCGAACGUAGUGGCCUACACAAUCACGCGGGAACCGCCGUUGCCGUUCAGAUUCAAGAGCUCCGGCAUCCGGUUCCAAGUCCCGUCUGUGACCAACUGGCUGGGCAAUAUCAAGUUCUUCCAGGUCAUGCGCACCACGGAAACAUACAAGUUCAUCACCCGCGCACUCUACAGCCUGCGAACGACGGCGCGGAGGUCCAUCUGGGGAGACAGGCUAUUCCUGCGGUUCAAGGGCCCGACCACCAUCUUGAUGUCGAGCAGGGGCGCAAGAAUCAGGGACGUGCUCACCACAGACCAGGUCAACGAGAUUGCCGACGCACCAGCGGGUGCUGCACCCGCCGCUGUGGAGCUGGCAACCAAGCCGGCACCGACGUUGGAGACCCCCGUCAAGGCCGAUGAGCCGAAGGUCAAGAUCAACGUCGCAAGUAUAGGCGCGGAUGGAAAGGCCCACUUUGAGGAUGCCAAGAACUUGGAAGACUUUGAGAAGGUGAAGCCGUAA